AAAUCAUUUUCGGAAAAUUUGAAAAUCGAUAUUAAUGUGCAACUGUUAGGUUUACCGCAACAAAUAAAUAUGACAUUCUUAAAUCAUUUUACAUUCGAUUUGGAGAAGAAAAUGGCAAAAUAACAUGAGUGCCACAAGUUCUGGAUCUGACACUGACGAGCUGUCUGGUAUUGACGAACCAACCUUGUUGGAAAAGUUCAAGAGAAUUCUAGACCAAUACAGGAACGAUGUGCAAAUUAUCAAGGAGCUUGUCCAAAAUGCUGAUGAUGCCAAUGCCACUGUAAUGAAAGUGCUCUAUGAUGGGAGAACUAUAAACAGUGAAGAAAAAAAUGAAAGCCCAUAUCGAAAGUUUCUUCGAGGUCCAGCUUUGGUAUUCUUUAAUGACGCACAGUUUACCGAGAAGGACUGGAAAGGAAUAAAAUCUAUAAAUAAAAGUAUGAAAAAAGAUGAACCGCUGAAGAUUGGACAAUUUGGUCUUGGAUUCAAGUCUAUUUUUCAUUUGACAGAUUAUCCAUGCAUUAUCAGUGGCGACAGACUUUUAUUUAUUGAUCCACAAGAGAAGAACGAGAGUCAGAUAUGUAAUACAGUGAAGCUUCGUAAGAUAAGGAAAGCAAAGAAACAUAACGUUGGGGAUUAUCUUAAUGCAUUGGACGGUUUGUUCGGUUUCUCUAAAGAGACAUUUGAUACGGGAUUCAAUGAAGGAACCAUUUUUUGGUUUCCUCUUCGGCAAGUGCCGUCAAAGCUAUCAGAUGAUAUUUACCGUGAAACUCAAGUGAAUGAGCUUCUACAAUCAUUUCUAAAUGAAGGCCAUAGGAGUUUGUUGUUUUUGAAAACAUUAUGCAGUAUUGAAGUGUUUGUCAACCUGAAUGAAUUAGAUUACGUUCCUAAACCAAAAAAGAGAAGAACAAAAUCAAAUGAGUCAUUAUUAUCUGAUUUAGAAAAUAUUAACUUCGGAAGAGAUGUUCCUGGAUACAGAGUACUAAUUGACAACAAAGAUCAUAAUCUCGUUGCUACAAGAAAGGUGCAUUUGAGAAUUAUAGAACAAUUGGUAAAGACAGUGCCAGUGGAAUCAAAAUAUUGGGUUCAUGACGUUGAAAUUACAACAGAAAGAAGUUGUAAAACAUCAAAGGGAAUGACUCUAAAGUCCCAUUGGCUUUUGGUGAACUUUCUUAAAGGUGGUGAAAUAUCAAGUACGACAAAUGAACUCAUGAACAUUGAUAACUGCAAAGUAUCACAUUUAACCGGAUUUGCUGCUUUAAUCUGCGAGCAAGAUACAUAUUCAAAUGCAGAUGGUCAUCUGUUUUGUUACCAACCGCUUCCGCAAGAUCAGGAACAUACGACAGGACUACCUGUUCAUAUUAAUGGAUUUUUUGCUCUCACUCAAGACCGGAGAAAUGUAAGAUGGCCAGACAAGGAAGACAAAGCAGUGGUAUGCGGGGAAAAGAAAAUACAAUGGAAUCUUGCUUUAACUAAAGAAAUAAUGCCAGAUGGUUAUUCCAUGCUAAUUCAGGAAAUGGUUAAUCUAAGCAAGGCCCAAAAAAAUCCAAACUUCAUGGUGAACGCUGUGUAUUACACAUUACCUGAUACUCAGCGCGUUCAAAUGCAUUGGAAAAGUCUGUCCGAUAAUGUUUUAGCUAAUUGCAAAGAUCUUGAGAUUGUUUAUACCAAAAACAACAAUGGAAGAUGGAUUCGACCCGACGAAGCCAUUUUUGUAGAAUCUCAAAGUCAAACAUGUACACAUACAAUUGUAAGCCUUCUGCUACGGGAAGGGAUCAAUAUUGCCACUGUACCCGAGUUUGUCCUGACAGCUUUUAAAAAGAGUUGUCCUGGAAUAAAAUAUUUAACUCAACAAUUCCUGAAACAUCAUUUGAUGAGAAACCAUGGUUACAAAAACUUGAAAUUUCACGAGAAAGAGGAAAUUCUACAUUUUCUUCUGGAUGGAUCAUCGGCAGACAAUAUUGACCAAUUAGAACUUCUUCCUCUAGCUAAUGGAUCGUUCACACAGUUUUCAAAGAAGAGCAGUGUCUUUCUUGAAAGUAAAGAUACGAUUGAAUUAUUUCCUAAAUACGGUGGGCAAUUUGUAUCACCGCAAAUCAGCCAAAUAACAAAACGACUGCUCCAACAUCUUCUAGAAAACCACACAGAUAGGACAGGGCUUCAUGUGCUAUCUGACGGCUCCUUUGCCAGUUUAAUAGAGAAAACUAUGAAAAGCGAAUUACAGUACGAUAACUGUAUUCAAAUAGAUGUUAUUGAAAUCGGCAGAUAUAACACGUGGCUGAAAAAAAUAUGGGAGCUUAUACAAAGGCGAUUUUCCAAAUGUAUGGACUCUUUCUCUGACCUCCCCAUUUUCCCUGUGUAUGGGGUGACAAAGAAUACAAAGUUGUCGCUGCAUUCUUUAAAGUCUCCAAUAUUACGAAUUUCAUCACUCAGAACUAGAGAAGAUAGACAGCUUGUGCUUUCUUCGCUUAAACUCUUGUCAAUUACAUUUUUUGAUAUUGUCCCAAAGUGGAUAAAUUUUGAUGGUAUUAAGGAGUACAUACAUACAGAAACAGCUGACAGUCUUGAGCAACUUUUUUCCAGAAUAAACGACAAGUCAGUAUACGAGUUUAAUCAUGAGAUAUCAUCUGAAAUGAGCUCAGCUUUACUUGAAUAUCUUUCAGACAGAGUACGUUGUGAACUUAGCGACGUAUUUAAAAGAAAAAUACAAUCAAUGAAGCUAUUUGAAGGUCAGUUUUCAAAAAAAGACAGUUGUCUUGUGUCCCUUAAAGAAAACAACAAAAUUUAUACAGGAAAAGCAAUUCCUGUCCCGUUUAUAGAAAGGACAAUAGUUCUUCAUUCUGAAUCAGAAAUUUCUUUUGCAAGGUCUAUUCAAGGACAAUUCAUAUCAGAUUUAUCACUCGUUUACACUACUUUAGCAAAUGCUCAAAAAUACAAUUACGAGGAUCAACUUACAAUUAUAAGAUGGGUAAUAAUCAGAAGAAAAUACAUAGAUGAUGAGGAUAUUCGAAAUAUUUUGAGAAAAACAAAAUUUUUGAGAACAGCAGAUGGUAACAUACACGAACCUCAAGCAUUAUUUGACCCGUCAGACACAACAUUAUGCUGUUUGUUCAAAAAUCGCAAUAUGGUCCCUGUAGUCGAUAAUAUGGAUCAAAAGUAUAUUGAUGGAUUGAAAAGACUCGGAUUGAAGUCAAAAAAUGACCUGAGUACAUCGGAUAUUGUUCAAGAGUGCACAAUUGUACACGAAAUGGCUGAAGGAAACAUUCAAAUUGACAAGGAGAAAUGCAAAGCUCUACUGCACAUUAUGAAUGAGAAUAGUAAGUUAGUUUUACCGGAAUUAUUGAACAAGAAACGCUGCAUAUACAUGGAGGAUCCAUACCAACGUUGUAGCCAAAAGAAUUUAAAGAUACCACAAAAAUUGAGAAAACCGUUUUCGCAAUUUUGCUUCGCGCCAGAAGUGAAAACUAUUGACUAUGCACCGCUGGUAAGCUCUGUCCAUCACCUAAUGGAAUGCAAUCAAUUUCCAAAGUUAUCUCGUGUUUUCUGUUGGACAGUACCCCCGGAAAUAGACAAUGUCGCCCGUCAGCUUUUAACUAUUGUCCAAAUAUAUGAAAGUAGAUUAAAGCCUGAACUUCUUCCGAUCGUAACCCAUAUAUAUAAAUGGUUUCGGGAACAAGGGAGAUUAGAAAUUCACGACAUUGGUGUCACACUAAAAACAGUGUUUUUUGCAUAUGGCAAUCGGUUUGUGUGGGUUGGAAAUGGAUUUCAAGCACCUGACCAUGUUUUCACUGAAAGAAAAGAAAACGAUGUAAACAUGGAUCCCUUUAUUACUCAUCUUCCCGAUGAAUACCAACAUUUAUCAAAUUUUUUCCUUCAGCUUGGAUGCCAAAGGUGCCAAUCCUAUAGAAUGUAUGUCCUAACAUUGGAUCACAUACGACAAUCCAUUGAACAAAAAACAAUCCACUCAGUUUGUUCUACGAAAACUGUUUUAUGCAUUAUCAUUGCCAUUCUAAACAAAAUAAAACAACAUCAUUUUGAGGAGUUCAUUUCAAGCAAAGCGGACUUGUUCUUUCCAGUUGUUUGUCACGAAGGGAAUGAUAUAAUGCUUAAAUCAGUAAAAGAAUGUGCCUUUUGUGAUGCCGAAUGGUUAAGGGAUAUCGAGGUGGAAAGGGAAAGUGGAAUAUUCUGUGUGCAUCCAGAUGUUCCAAUAACUACUGCUAAAAAACUUGGUGUUUGUUCACUUACGAGCAAGAUGUUAACUGACACAGAAGCCUUUGACGAAUGGGGUCAGGAAGAACCACUUACAAGACGGAUAAAAACCCUUCUAAAAGACGGGUAUACAGAUGGUUUUUCGAUUGCAAAAGAAUUAUUGCAAAAUGCUGAUGACGCAAAAGCAAAGAAAUUUUGGAUUUUAUACGACGAAAGAGAAAACAAAGACGCCAGAUCACAUUUACUAAGUGAAGGCAUGGCAGAAUUUCAAGGACCAGCAAUAUGGGUAUACAAUGAGGCUAGAUUUAGUUCAGAAGAUUUAAGAAAUAUCACACAGUUGUAUGGUGAGACAAAAAAGGACGAUGCUUCAAAAAUUGGAAAGUUUGGAUUGGGCUUCUGUGCUGUUUAUAAUAUAACAGACGUUCCCAGCUUUGUUACUGGAUCAGAUUUCGUAGUAUUCGAUCCUCACACAAAUUAUUUAGGAAGUGCAUUGCCUGGAAGAAGACCAGGUUUAAAAAUCUCAUUGAACCCUAGUCUGGUCAAAAGAUUUAAAAAUCAGUUCAAACCAUUUGAAGGCAUAUUUGGUUGCAAUCUGAUGACAAAUAUGCCAUAUUUCGAUGGUACAUUAUUUCGACUUCCUCUUAGGACCAUGAAAAGUGAAAUAAGUAAAAAGCUGUACACACCCUCUAAAGUAGAAGAAUUGUUUAAAAAAAUCAUGGAUUUGUCUGCAAAUAUGCUUAUAUUUAAUCAGAACAUUCAAGAGAUAAAGCUUUUUCAUAUUCCAAAAUCGGAAAAAGAUCCUAGAAAGUGCCAGAUCUGUUUUGAGGUUGCGAAAAAUACAGCACACUUGAAGAACAACUCUGCAUUUCAUUCCUCUGUAGUGGCUGAGGUUAUGAAAAGGAAAGCAGAGAAAUGUUUACAAGAUAAUCCACUGAAGGUCUUAAGUAAAAUCACAAUAUUUGGUAAGAGACGCAACGACAUAAUUUCUUCUAAGAAAAAACAGGAGAAUGUGAAGUCCUUUUCUGGAAAUUGGUUAGUAAGUUGGUCAACUUGUACGGUUGAUAAAUCUAUCAGUCAUACGUAUGAAGAGGAAGGCACACUUCCACUAGGAAGUAUAGCGGUCCCAAUAAUACACAAUGAAAAGAAUCUGACGCUUUUGCCUCUGGAACGUAUGGAUAGUCAUUUUUAUACAACGGGACACUUAUUUUUCUUCUUGCCGUUGCCAAUAGAACACAACUUUCCUUUUCAUAUUAACGGUCAGUUUUUAGUUACAAGUGAUAGGAGACACCUGAAAACAAAUAAUGAAGACGACAUGAAUCUAAAAAAAAACGAGUGGAACGAGAACAUAUUGCAAGAUUCAGUUAUGCAUGCUCUUCUUUACAUGCUAGAAAAUGUGAGUAAAAUCGGGCACGUAGUCGAUUACAAUUUUACCCAGCUUUGGCCAAGAGACGACAAAUCAAUAUUCCGGUGUCUUCAAAAAGCAUUUUACACCACGAUUGUUAAGUGUAAAGAUUAUGAGGUGUUUGAAAGUCAUGGAAAAUGGCUUGAUAUUUCAAAAUGUGUCUUCCUAGAUGAAGAAUUUCUCUCAACUGAUGUUGGCGCGAUUGCUUUUGAUAUGUUGUCUUUUGUGACGAAAAAUGUAGUAAAAGUUCCAACAGAUAUAUAUCAGAUGCUUUACAAAGCAGAUAGAGAAAUUAUUCGGUUAAGGACAGUAAUGAAAAUACCUUUUUUUCUCGAAUACUUCCUGCCAAGAUUACAAAAUUUUGGGAACAAUAACGAAUUGAAAGAAAAAAGGAAUAGAUUACUUCUUUAUGCUCUUCAACUGCGUGAACAUGCAAUCGAUUCAUGGCUAAAUAGUAACCAGUGUAUACCAUCAUGCCCACAUGGUACGCUCAUGUGCCCAUCUGAAAUGAUUGAUCCUUUUUGUCAACUUGCAAACUUAUUUGAAAUUCCAGAUGCGGUUUUCCCAGAUACGACAUUUCAGGUUAACUGGUCACUUAACUGUUUGUAUGACCUCGGGUUGAUCCGUAAAACGUUAACAGAUGAUAAACUUCUAGAUAGGACACGUUCUGUUAAAUUUUUGACAUGUAGUAUUUGUGCUUUUGAAAGAUCUGGGCAUCUGUUAUCAUACUUGAGCGAAAACGCAUCAAAGCACGAGAACGUCAUUGAGAGACUCCGGGAUAUUGAAUUCCUUCCAAUAAAAUUGAAGCCUGAUAAUUGGCAUUUUCUGUGGCAUGGUGGUGGUGGUCAGAAACAGAAGCAGUUAAACAGAUGUUCUAAGCAUAAACAUUAUCAUCAGAAGAAUCAUCUAUUUACUUGCCCACAAAAAAUGUUUUAUUCUGAUUGCACAAACCUUGUUGGGUGUUUGGAAUAUGUCCUUGCAGAAGAUGUCUGGUCUUGUAGAAAAUACUGGCUGAAAGACAAUGUUGAAGAUAUGAAGAUAGUGCUAGCAAAAAUUGGAAUGAAAGGUAUUCCGAAAGAAGAUGUAGAUUAUCAAAUUGUUACAGAUCAACUUAUAUCGAUUUCUUCUUCAAGCCAACGUAGUGCAUGCUGUGAUGAAAAUAAAGCCGUAAUUGAAGAAAUUUACCAACACUUAGAUAUGUCAUGCAGAAUGGAAGGAGAAAAUAUAAGAAAAAGCCUUGACGGUUUAGAAGUUGUCUGGACAAAAAAUACUUUUGUUUCACCGAAAAAUGUGGCAAGUGGUGGAAUUCACCAUAAUUGCAAUCCUUACCUUUUCAAAUUGACUGAUUCCCCUUUGAAGAAGUAUAAACGAUUACGCGAAUGUUUAGGCAUAAGAAAGUUUUUCUGGCCAAGACACGUUGCACUUUCGUUACAAAAUAUUAAGAACCAGAAAAAAAAGCGUUGUCUCACAGAAUCUGAAAUUGAAACAGUUAUCAAUAUGUUGCAUACACUGAAAAAUAGUUUGCGGCCUGCUGAAAUAGACGAUGUUAGUGUAAUCCUCUGCGAUGAGUUGAAAGCGGUGUAUGGACCAGAUAGUAAAUGCUGCCUGAGAGAUAUGAAAGAAAUGUGUUUUAACGACCUUUUUCACGACGAUAAGACUACGUCAAUGAUCUACUGUCAUGAUCUUAUACCAAAAGCAUUAGCUGAAGUAUUUGGGGUCAUGUCAAAGAAGAUUCGUUUAUUGGAAGAGGAUUCAGAAGAUGUAGAAGAUUUUUGUCAAGAAGAAUUAUUAGAAGUAAGAUUGAAAAGACUAGUUGAGAACUAUCCAUGUGAUAGUGGAAUAUUCAAAGAACUGAUACAAAAUGCAGACGACGCAAAUGCAACUGAAAUCCAUUUUCUGAAAGAUUUCACUACACAUCCCGUCAAACAUAUUUUUGACAAAUCUUUCGAGCCUUUACAAGGCCCGGCUUUGUGUGUGUUUAAUGACAGCUCGUUUACAAGAAGUGAUUUAGACGGGAUAAAGCAAUUGGGUGUUGGAAGUAAAUCACGUGAUCCUUCAAAAACAGGACGUUAUGGUGUAGGAUUUAAUGCCGUUUAUAAUUUAACAGAUGCACCGUCAUUAUAUUCUAGAGGCCCGGAAUUAGAAAAAGGCGAAACUCUUUUUAUCUUCGACCCAUUAGCGAAAUAUUUGCCGAAUGUGAAAAAGUCAAACCCUGGAAAACGUUAUAAAAACGUCAAGAGUAUCCGGAAUCAUGCAUCAGAUGUCAUGGGAGGCUACCAUGAACCUUAUUUCAUGAAAAAAAGGAAUCAAAUGGGAAGUGUGUUUAGAUUUCCAUUACGUACUAACGACAUGGCAAAACUGUCAACCAUUAGAAAGAAAGAAACACGUAUGGACACAGUUUCAAAUAUGUUAGACUCGUUUUGCAAAGAGAUGAAUGAGGUACUAUUAUUCCUUAAAAACCUUAAAACUAUUAAGGUGUCGUCUUUUGACAAAAGUUAUACUGAGGAGUUUGUGAUCCAUGCACACAUGACUGAAGCAGAAGAAAAGGAACAGAAAGAUUUUUUCAUAAACGAGUUUGCUAUUUUCAAGAGCAGUUCAAUUAAUGAUGAGCUUGCAUGGGAAAGGAUUUUACAAAUGAAGCAAAAGUACGUUCUUUAUGAACUUGACAUCCAAAAAACAAUACAUAUUAGAAGAGAUAUGUGUGAACCAGCACAAACAAAGGUCGUGAAAAAAAAGUUGCCCGAGCACAAAAAAUACACAUUUAAAGAUACAAUAACAAAGAAUACGAAGUACAUAGUGGUACAGAUAAUUGGUUUCAAAGAUAUAGAUAAGGUACCCCAGAUCGUGCAGCAUCAGUAUGAAAAUGGUGGCAUGGACCUCUUACCUUUAGGAGGUGUCGCUUUGUCAAUAGGGAAGCAAUGUAAUACGUAUGAAGACGUAGUUUCACAGAACAAUUGCAACGUAUUUUGUUUUCUUCCUCUCCCGGUGAAGACCGACUUACCAUUACAUGUUCAUGGAUAUUUCUCACUCGAUCACGAAAUAAGAAGGGGUCUAUGGAAAGCUGAAGUAGAAAACAAGUGUGGCAAAACAUUGUGGAAUUUAGCGAUGAUUGAACAGGUUAUUGUCCCUGCCAAUGUCAUUUUGAUAGAGUACGUGAAGGAUAAAAUGUUUAAAAAUGUGUUGAAAAUAUCACCAUUUGAAAAGAUUAUGCGAAUUCUUAAGAAUUUUCAAACUUUGUUCCCCGAUAGAGAGAAAGUACAGGACUUCUACUGGCAACACAUGUUAAAAUGUGUUUACAAGAAUUUAAUAUCAGAAAAUAUUCCAUUUCUACCCGUCCUCGAAACAGCUAUACAGCCAAGAAAUGGAAGUGAAAAACAACGCAUUGCUAAGUUGUCAUGGACUGCUCUAGAAUAUGAAGGAUUCACCUUUAAAGCGUUCGACAACUUUGAGAGUGAAGGAGGAAACACUGAAUCGGAUUUCAACAAUAUGUUAAGAUCUAUUGGAAUGCGCAUAACAACAGUAUCACCAGAAAUGAAAAGUUCUAUGAAAUUUGCUGGAGUCGAAAUAAGUACAUUACAACCAAUGCAUGUCAUUCAAUUUCUAUGUUCAUUUAAUUUCUCAUCGUUGGAUAAAUGCAACAUACAAACAAACAAACCCAUUGAAAAGACAUCUCUUAAGUCAAAGGAGUUGCUUUUGCAAAUUGCGGAAUAUUGUCUUCAAGACGAAGAAUAUUUCAUAACUAAUAUAAAAAAUAUUCCGCUUAUGUUAACGCAAGAUCUCACCAUACAUACCUUACAAGAACAAAAAGUUUUGUUUUUAGAAGAAACAGGAUUAACUUAUAAUUUGUUUCCCAGCAAACGAUCGAUGUUUUUGCACAAAUCGGUUUCGAAGUUGAUUCAAACUAAGAUUACAGACUAUCAGAUAAAAACUGAUGAAACUUGUAGGCAGUUUACACUUCAAGAUUUGGCGAAUCUUGUUCGCGAAACGUGUCUGUUGGAUACAGAAGUUUGUGCGAUUACAGCUUGGUAUAAGGACAAUCCUUCUGUAGCGUGGAUACGACAGUUUUGGAAUUUGUUUUUCUAUCUUUUACCGUCCACUUACAAGCAAGGGGAAGAUAUUAUGAAGAAAGAAUUAAAGGUUAUUCAGGACUUGAGAGUUAUUCCUGUAGUAGAUAGCUUAAGACAAAAUACAUUCCUUGUCAAACCAUUAAACAAGAAAUAUUUAAUAAACAUAGGAAGUUUUUCUCAGAACGAAUGUUUGCACAAGGCAUUUAAAAGUCUUAACUUGCUUGAAAUUGAUGGUGAUCUUUUUCAGCAUAGACGAAGAGAAAGCAAUUGUCCAGUGUUCAAUUACCUGUUAAAUCAGAUACCAAAGUUUGAUAGAGCGAAACAUAUUGUUGAAUGUCUACAUUUAAAUCUAAGCAGAACUUCUUACUCUGCUAUAACAUUAAAUGACUCAGUUGCGAUUUUGAAAUACUUUGAUGUUUAUCUUGGCUUAGAUACGCCCAAUGAAGUAUUUACAGACAAACUUGCGGAAAUACCCAUUUUCGUUUCACACUUCAAUGAAUGCCUGGCAAUAAAAGGCUAUGAAAAAGUGUACGUUGCACCAUCAGAUUUCCCGAUAUUUGGACUGAAGGAUAUUGCAAGAAAAACCAAAACUUUGGUGCUUAAGGCAAUUGAAACUGAUAAGAUAUUUAGAAAAUUAAACAUACAAAUGCUUACACAUUAUGAAGCUUACAGAGACUUAAUUAUACCCCAUAUACAGUACAUAGAAGAUGAAUCAAUUUACAAACAUCUUGAGUUCUUAGCAAACUUCAACGAAACUAAUACGCAGGAAGUAUUCUAUUUGUUAGAUUUGUUGCGCACAAAACCCUUGAUAUAUAUCAAAGAAUUGAAAAGACGAGUUAAGGUUUCCGAACUGUUUGAUCCUGAUCAAGUGAUAUUUACAUCAUUUUGCACAUGUCAAGAGCUUGUUCCUAUAAGAUAUAGGUCUCAUGUUCUCCUUAAGUUUCUCCGAUCAUUAGGACUGAAAACAAAAAUGUCUAUAGACUUGUUUUUACAAUUUGCAACAGAUAUAUAUGCAAAGAGUUUCUUUUGA